UUUUUUGUAUAUGCGUAUAGAGUGGGUGUGAAAAUGAAAUUGUGGAUUUAAGGGGCCUAUUUUACUUCCGGGUUUUUCUUCGCCUCAAUUCUUCUUCUACGUUUUUAUUUUGUAUCACACGUUUCGUUUAGUUGGCAUGUUUGAACACAUCCCCAACGAAAUAUACGUUUAACCCCUUCGUUUUAAUAUAUUUGAGUGUUACUUUCCACUAGAUUAAAAUGCGGAAUUUUAUUUUAAAAGGGGUUUCUGACUGGAAGGUCCAAAACAGACAUCCCAGUGUGCGCGGGCUGCAACCAGCACAUCGUGGACCGCUUCAUCCUCAAAGUGCUGGAGCGUCACUGGCACGGCAAGUGCCUCAAGUGCACAGACUGCCAGACUCAGCUGGCCGACAAGUGCUUCAGCCGGGGGGACAGCGUUUACUGCAAAGAAGACUUCUUCAAAUACUGAUGAUCAAAACUAUGUCCACAUGUCCCAAAGGAGGUUCGGGACCAAAUGUGCUGCGUGCCAGCAGGGCAUCCCGCCCACGCAGGUGGUGAGGAGGGCCCAGGACUUUGUUUACCACCUGCACUGCUUCGCCUGCAUCGUGUGCAAGAGGCAGCUGGCCACCGGGGACGAGUACUACCUGAUGGAGGACAGCCGGCUGGUGUGCAAGGCCGACUACGAGACCGCCAAACAGAGAGAAGCCGACUCAACCGCGAAAAGGCCCCGGACAACCAUCACGGCCAAGCAGCUGGAGACCCUAAAGAAUGCUUACAAUAAUUCUCCCAAGCCAGCCCGCCACGUCCGGGAGCAGCUUUCCUCGGAGACGGGCCUGGACAUGCGGGUGGUGCAGGUUUGGUUCCAAAACAGGCGAGCCAAAGAAAAGAGGCUGAAAAAGGACGCCGGGCGCCAAAGAUGGGGGCAGUACUUCAGAAACAUGAAGAGGUCGCGGGGCAGCUCCAAGUCGGACAAAGACAGCAUUCAAGAGGAGGGCAUGGACAGCGAUGCAGAGGUGUCCUUUACAGAUGAACCACCCAUGUCCGAGCUGGGCCACACCAAUGGCAUCUACGGCAGCAGCUCUCCAGCCAUGGGGGGCCGCCAAGGGGCCAACAACCACGCUUCCUUCCCCUUGGAGCACGCCGUCAUGCCCUCUCAAGAUCAGUUCCACGACAUGCGCUCAAACAGCCCCUACGGCCUGCCUCAGUCGCCGGGAUCCCUCCAGGCGCUGCCCCGCCACCAGCCUCUCAUCAACAGCUUGGUCUACCCCGAAUCGGGUCUGUCCAUCCUGACUCAAAGCGGGGGAAUCAAUUCUGGCGUGAGGGUCUCCAUGGGCGCAGCCAAUGGCCCCAGCUCGGACCUCUCCACUGGAAGCAGCGGAGGAUACCCAGACUUCCCUGCUAGUCCUGCCUCCUGGUUGGACGAAGUGGACCACGGCCAGUUUUGAUCCCUUGAUGGGGAAACUGGACUUGCUUUUAUCAUAGACUCUUUUUUUUGGUCUUCUGUUGGGUAUUAAGGACUGUAAACUAGUCAACCGCGGUUGUACGAAAGACGGGUGCUGAUUUUCACUAGAAUGGAUAGAGGACGACCUUCAUGAAAAGCACUUGGCCGAGCCAGCUCAUUUUCCACGUAUAAAUAUUGCAGUUUUCAGGACGACGUGAAGACCGCUUCCUCGACUCCUCCUACAGUUUUUUUUUUGUUGUCUACGGUGUGUCCAGGUGCAGAAGUCUUUAAAUGUCUGGUUGUUGCCAAAUGUCAAUAUAUAAAUAUAUAUAUAAAUAUAUAAGGGUUUAUCAUUGUGGAGACUUUAUUUUUAUACCAGGCCCUUGUAGAACCAGGAAAGGGGGAGUCCAUUCUUCAGACGUAGAGGCUAAAAAUGUAGAAGUCCUAGGGUCCACUUACAUCACUCUAUGCAUUUGUGUGUCUUGUUCGACUCCAAACAAAAACCCUGAGGAGGUCCAGGGCUGUGAUGUAAAUCUUUGUUUAUGUGCAAAAUGUUUUAUGUCUUAUUUAUUCCUUCUGGUGAUGACUUGCUUAUUAUGAUGAUGACCACUCCUGAUUAAUGAUGCAGGACUUUAAUAAAUUAAGAAAUUUGC